CACAGUAGCACGCCGGCACACCUCUCCGUCUUCCUCCCUAUAAGCUUUGCUGUGCACUCCCCUCCUCUCGCCCCGGACUGUGCCCCACUCGGGCGAAUCUGCCGACUCUGAGUCAAGGGAAUCUGCAGCCCCCCGAGCACCAGUCACAGUAGCCCGCCUCCGCAUCUCUCCGUCGUUCUCCCCACGGCCAUCCCUGUGCGAUUCCCUCCUCUCGCCCCUCACUGUGCCCCACACGGGGGAAUCCACCGACUCUGAGUCAAGGGCUGGGUCUAGCGUAGAUGUAUCUAGACGAUGCCUAUAAGCCUCCCCACCUGCAUCGUCAUAAGCCUUCCCACAUGCUUCGCUAUAAGCCUCUCGUUUAUCCUCCCUAUAGCCUCCUCUGCCUCCCCUCUCCCCCCUGCCUGUGCCCCGCUCAGGGGAGUCGAUAGACUCUGAUUCAAGAGACGAUUCGUCCAUCGCAUUGAGUGCAGCAAAGCCCAGCGCAUAGGAGUUGAAAGGAUUAUGCUGGACAUGCCCCCCGUCCAACCGUCCUUCCCCCUGAAAGCUAUUCCUGCAAGCCGCACCCUCCCCUCCUCCCCCCAUCGACCUCCCCCUCCCCAGGGGCGAGCGCCGUCGGCCCGCCAAACCCCGCCUCUCUCCCCUUGCUCCGUCCUCAAUUACCCUAUUCCCAAGUUCCAGGGAAGCACGCACCUCCCCUCCUCCUCCCCCCAUCGACCUCCUUCUUCCCAGCGGCGAGCGCCUUCGGCCCUCUGUCCCCCGCAUCUUUCCCGCUCCUCCCUGCUCAUAACCCCUAUUCCUGUCGACCAAGAAAUCAAUCUCUUCCCCCCAUCCUGCCCCCCCCAUCGACCUCCUUCUUCCCAGCGGAGAGCGCCUUCGGCCCUCUGUCCCCCGCCUCUCUCCCGCUCCUCCCUGCUCAUAACCCCUAUUCCUGUCGACCAAAUAAUCAAUCUCUUCCCCCCAUCCUGCCCCCAUCGACCUCUGCCUCCCCAGCGGCAAGCGCCAACGAGCCCCCGAAUCCCGCCUCCCUCCCAGUCUUCCCCAUUCCUUAUCACCGCUUUGAGGGGGCUCAAUCUCCCCACCUUGUACCGCCAAAGAAGCAGCCUCCAAUCCCCCUCCCCCCAUCGACCUCCUCCUUCCCAGAGGCGAGCGCCUUCGAGACCCGGAAUCCCGCCCCCCUCUCGUUCUUCCCCAUUCCAUAUCACCAUUCCGAGGCUCAGGGGGCAUUCCAACAGAGUCAAGCGAGUCAACGCAGGUCUUCUCAGCCGCAUCGAGCUUCCCGGAUCCCCUCCUCCCCCGCGGCUCUCGGGUUCGGUACUCUAACGGGGGUUCUCUCAGAAAGUCAAGCGAGUCAACGCAGGUCUUCUCAGCAGCACCCAGCGUCCAGGACCCCCUCCUCUCCAGCAGCAUCCCCCUUCCUUGGGAAUCCAGCACUGUUUCCGGCUGUAGCCAAGGCUUUUCAGCAAAUUCAAACGGGUCAACGCAGGUCUUCUCAGCAGCACCCAGCGUCCAGGACCCCCUCCUCCCCAGCAUUCCCACACCCUCAGUGGCUUGGACUACUUCCACCGACUCUAAAGGCGGCACAGGAGGCAUUUCAGCAACGUCGUCAAACGAGCCCGCGUGGGUCUGGCCACCACAGGACCGGAGAUCCAGUGAUCUUUGCUUAUGAAUCCGCCCCCCCUUCUUGUCCUUGAGCUGUGCUACUCUUGAUUUCACCACCGGCUUUCCAAGAAAGUCAAACGGGUCAACGCAGACCUGGGCGGUGGCUGUGCGCUCAGCAGAAAAACCAGCAGAACCAGUAGCAUUACUACCAGCUGCAGCAGCAGCAGCAGCAGCAGCCCCAGCAGCAGCAUGCAGAGGCACAUCUGACCCUCUGCAUCUGCCAGCGGCUCCAGCAGCAGCAGCAGCAGCAUCUGAUAAAUCAUCUUCAGAAGUGAGCUGGCAGAUCGGCAAUGGUCCUAGUCAAGAGACCUGUGUCGGGGCCCUAGCAGCUGCAGCUGCUGCUGCUGCUGCAUCUGCCCCUCUCCCCUCUGGAGCCUUUGCUCCUUAUCCUCUUGCUUCCCCCUUCCUUGUAUGUGCUGCUCCUGCUCUUGCUGCUGCUGUUGCUGGCUCUGCUCCUUCCCUUUCUGUUCCCCCCUCUGCUGCUGCUGCUGCUGCUGCUGCUGCAAAUGCAGCACCUUUGGAGUAGCCUUCUCCUUUACCAACACACUACUCGCAGUGCCUCCCCCGCCUUUCUCCUCCACACUCCUUCCCCUCUCCUCUCCUCUUCGCUUCUCUUCCCCUCCUCUCAUCUUCAUUUCUCCUCCUCUCCGACUCUCCCCUCCUCUCAUCUUCACUACUCUCUGCCUUCCCACCUGUAGACUCCUAGGGUCUAGAGACGCCUGCCUAGCACCAAGGCCCCCCAAUCUCGGCCCCUCGGGAGGUUUCCCAAGAAAUUCCAGAGGGUUGGCUGCUGCUUCCCUUGCAGGUGCAUUUGCCAGUGCAUUGGCUGCUGCUUUCCCCACCUGUAAACUCCUCGGGUCGAGAGACGCCUGUCUACCUCCCAACCGUCGCGUUCUAGGCCCCUCGGGCGGCUUCCCAAGAAACUCCAGGGGGUUGGCUGCCGCUUCCCUUGCAGCUGCACUUCCAACAGCACUUGCACUUGCACUUGCACUGGCCGUUGCAGUUGCAGUUGCAAUGGCCGCUGCAUGUCUUACCUGUAAGCUCCUGGGAUCUAGAGACGCCUGUCUCCCUCCCAGCCUUCGCAUUCUCGGCCCCUCGGGUGGCGUCCCAAGAAACUCCAGGGGGUUGGCAGCUGCCUGAGCGGUUGCACUUGCAGCACCUGCAGCACCUGCAGCACCUGCAGCAUCUGCAGCACUUGCAUUUGCAUUUGCAGAGAGCCUUAGAGUUUUUGGAUCUAGAGAUGCCUGCCUUGCUCCCAGCCUCCGCGUUCUCGGUCCCUCGGGCGGCUUCCCAAGAAACUCCAGGGGGUUGCCUGCCGCUUCUCUUGCAGUUUCCCUAGCCGAUGCACCUUCACCAGCAGCACCUGCACCAGCAGCACCUUCACCAGCAGCACCUGCACCAGCAGCACCUUCACCAGCAGCACCUGCACCAACAGCACCUUCAACAGCAGCACCUGCACCAGCAGCACCUGCACCAGCUACAGUUGCAGUAGUAGAGAGCACAGAGCUAUCCAGCAUGUGUUUGUGUAGAGGACUGGUGGCAAGAGGGCUUCUAGAAAGCGGGCUAUAAGAGGGAGGGCUUUCUGCACUGGGACUUCUUAAUUGGGGGCUCCUGAUACCUGGGCUCCUUAGAUGCGGGCUCCUUAUACCAGGGCUCCUUAUACAGGGGCUUGUAACUGAAGGGCUAUUAGGGAAAGUGCCUUUAG